CAAUCUCUACAUGCAUUGAAACGCCACCCACCCCGACCUCAUCCUGUCUUCCUCCUCCUUUUGCCUUGUCGAUCUCGAUCUCUUCCUUCCUCUCGUCUCUGCUUUCCUCCGCCUCGCGUGCCGUGGAGUGGAAGCGAAGAAGGCUAGGGGACGAAACAAAAAGCGAAGAGGGGGGAUGGGGACGAUGGAGUUCUUCGAAGAGCUUCUCCUGACCGCUCUCAUCUCCGUCCUCCUCGCCUUCCUCAUCGGUAAGUUCGCCGCCUCCGCCGCCUCCGCCGCCGUUAAGCCGGAGGCCGUUCCACUCGCUCGGGUUGCGGGUCCAGGGAUGGACUCGGAUCCGAUCGAGGAGGAGGAGGAGACUGAGAAGUCGGAGAGGAAGUCGUCUAGUGGCAACGGAGCCGGAUCUGAUCGCCCGAAGACCGGGGUCUUCGAAGUCGUAGAGGAAAGAUUGCUUGAAGAGAGACCGGAGAGGAGCAACGAGGUUAGUGGAUUCGACCUUAAUAGAGAAAAUAUCGCUGAUAAGCUCUUUUCCGAAGUUGAUCUUACUAGGUCAGAAGAAUCAUCUUCGAAGAAAGAGAAAGUGGAUAAUGAAGUGGAGAUCGGAAGAAUUAAUGAUGAUUCCCGGAGGCAACAAGGGGGAUCAGUCAAGGGUAAAGAGGAUGGGAAAAAGGCGGUGGAGAAAGUCGUGAAAUUGGGCAGAGAAGACGCGGUAGACAAGGAAGACGGAGGCGCGGUAGGAUCGUUGCUUCAUGGAGAGGAUGAGUGGGAGGGGAUCGAGAGAAGCGAGCUGGAGAUGUUAUUUGGAGUUGCAAGCGAGUUCGUCGGUAGCAAGAAAGGUGGGGAUGCAGUGUCCAAACUGAGCAACGAGGUGCAAAUGCAGAUGUACGGGCUGCAUAAGGUUGCGACCGAGGGUCCGUGCCAUGAGCCACAACCCAUGGCUUUGAAGGUUUCUGCCCGUGCCAAAUGGAAUGCUUGGCAAAAACUGGGGAAUAUGGAUCCAGAAGCUGCUAUGGGACAGUAUAUCAGUCUUCUAAAUGAAAGCAUUCCUGGAUGGACAGCAAAGAAGUAUGGGGAGGAAGCCAAAGGUCAUGUUGGCAGUGAUCCUCGGGUAGUAGAGGCAUCCAGAAUAGACCAGCUCGAUUCAAAGUUUUCUCAAUCUAAUUCUGAAAUUGAAGUUUUGGUAGAAGAUUCUUCUGCCAUUGAAGGUGUCGCUGAUGAUGUAAAUACUGGUGUCAAACUUUCCAAACAAGGGCACUCAAGCGAGGCGAAGCAAGACUUGAGCGUCUCGCAACACCUCGAGGCAUGGCGUUUUAGCGAAGCAUCUCUCAGGUGUGCUAGGCACCUCGGGUGAGCUCUCAAGCUAAAUCAGGUUGAUUGGGCGAGCAAGUUGGUUUAAUUGAACCAACUAAUGUCACUACUUACCCUAAUGCCCCCUUCGACCCAGUGAAAGAAACUAGAAGUGAAACCCCAUCCCUCGUCCAUCGCCUUCAUAUACUCCGUCCACCACUGCAACUCUAUCCACUUCAUCCGCCGUCAUUGGCAAACUCGUCUGCUGCCUUCUUUCGCUGUUGCACCUUCAUUCAUUCACCGUUGCAGCUUCAUUCAUCGCCCUGUCUAGCUUCGUCCAUCAUUGGUUUCCUCCUCCUCCCACCUUUCUCUAGAGUCAUCGGUUACUUCUCCAUCUUCUCAGUCCUCUCUUUCUCAUUUUAUAUGUAAUACUUUCGUUAAUUAACUUGCUGCACCAUAUUGAGGUGGUGCACUGUUACUUUGUUAGGAGUUAGAACUUAGGAGCUUGUAAUCGAUUAACUUGAGGCCUCGUAAUUUCUGUGUGUUGUGUAAUUUUAGUGUGUUACAUAAAACUUAGGAGUUUGUGGUCGAUUAACUUGAGGCCUCGCAACCUCAAUAUUACCAUAUUGACGUUGAUUAACUUGUUGCACCAUUUUUAUUUUUGUAAUUAUAUUUAGUUAUGUAUUAAUUAUAAUAUAUAUUUUAAAAUUUUAAUAUUUGGGAGCGCCCUGUUUCCCUUGAGUAGGUGUGCAGGCAGGUGCCUCAGCCAUUUUGAGAUCUUGGUGUCUUUUUUGAUGUCUAGUGCUUUUAAAAUAACUGAAAAGUACCUGUACAGGUGGCUUGACUGCUGGUUUGUCCUGUCUAAGAUUAACAUCGGACAAUAUUGAAUGGUUAUAGGUCUCUUUUAAAGUUUUCUUUCCAUAGCUGUGGUGGGUAGUGUCCAGGCUGUUUGGGUAAUGACAUCAAAUGCGUCACCAGUCCUAAAAAGGAGGAAUGAGCCUCUGAACUUUGAAUGAAACAUUGAGAGUUAGAUCAUCUCUAUGCAGACAUAUUCAUCUUGUGUUAGCUCAAGUCAAAAGGCAUCCCUAGAUCACUUUUCCAUACAACUAUGCACUGAUAUUAUCCACUUUAGAUCUCAUGUGCCUAUACAUUGGUCUGUCCGAAUGCGAGACAAAAAGUCUCUGCCAUAAUUAAGCAACUCAUGGAUUCUGGAGUUAUGCCGAACACCACUGAGUCAGACAACUCGUGGAUCUUUGCCAUAAGUGCUAUUGUUCAAGAUGUGUUGCACCAAAUUUUAGGUCAAAAAUGAUAUUAUAUGAGCUUUUCACAGAACAUGAAACUGCGGGCAAACAUACAGCAGAGAGCUAGCUAGGCAUUAAAGUACCUUUUAGAAAACCCAGUAAUUAUUGCUUUUCCUGGAUUGUACUUAAAAAUCUAAGGAAUAUUAAUAUUAAAUAUUCCUUUUUACUACUGCCAAUGUCUUAGUACACCUACUUGCCCUCUCAAGUUCUUGUAAUUUUGUAACCUUAGC